CAAAAAAAUACUGCACCUGCUAGUGCUAUAUGUCCACAUGGGUCAGAUGUCAUUCCAAUCGGGUUAGGUCAUUCUAUUUUGCCUACAUGCACCCAUGGUGUUCAUCCUACUCCUCCCAAUGUUGUAUUACAACCUUUAAUUAAGUCACAUGCAAAUUCCUCUAGAAGCCUUAUUGAGUUGUGUCCUGAAAGUGCAACAGCAGCAGUAGCCAACACUGAUGUACCAGAUAAGGUUGUUUCUGUGCUAGUUUCUCAUGCUCAAAAGUCUCAUGUUGCUGGGGCAGUUCCUCCAGUGAAUGACACAUUCUUUGAGCCAACAUUAACAUGUAAUCUUUCAACACUGAACUCAACAGAAAGGCCUAGGAAGUUCGAAGGGAUAAGUGGCAAAAAUCAAGAUGUUAUUGUUAUUGACGAUCAUGUGAGAGCGGUUCAGGAGGUUCACAAUGUUGCUGGUGAAAUGGUUGGUGCUAGUUUAUAUGGCAGUAGAAGAUCUAAAUCAACAGCUAUAGUUGACCAAAUGUACAAUGAUAGGAAUAUAUUCAAUGAUCCAGAAGCUAGGGGAAAUUUGUUGGGAUAUCAACUAGAAGUGGCAAAUUUAGUCAAAAGUGAUAUUCAGUAUAUUGGUGAAAAUCGGUUACAAGCCCAACAUCCUAGUGUCCCUUUACCAUGUUCUGUUGUACAAUUGCGAUAUUAUUAUAUCCUUUGUGGCAUGGGGCGUAGCCAAUGGAAAGAUUUUGUUGCAGUUCGGUUUUCAAAAACCACCACUAUAAAUUGGGAAUAUUUUGGACUGUCAAUAGAACCCAAUGGACAUUGCGACAACUUUUUUAUUGCUGGGUUCUGCCAAAAACAUUUUGAAGAUGUUCAUCCAAGGAUGUCAAAGAAACAUUUCUUUUAUCCCAAAGUUGGGAACGUGUCGUGGGUAUGGUCUCCAGGUAUGGUGCUUGGUCAUGGGAGCUUUUUUUUGUACGUGUCUCCAGGUCUCCAGAACGUGUCGUGGGUAUGGUCUCCAGAAGUGCUUGUCAUCAUCUCAUUGUCAACUGAAGCCUGUUUUAUGAAUCUUCGAAGAUUGGUGUUCAGAAAAAGACAAAAAAAUGCAAAUUGCACAUGAAUCGAGCGGGGAAAUGUCGUUUGGAUGGGGACGUCAGCCAGCUUUCUUGGGAACAUUUAGCAAGAGGCUUAACAGGUGUUUCAAUGAUGCUACAAAUGGGGUUCCAGGUGAUGGUUGGUCUCUAAUGAGCAAUGAUGGUGCUGAGGAUGUUCCUAUUGUUGUCGACUCUUUCUCCAAACAAACUUAUUGGUGCUCAUGUCAACUCCUCCCAGAUGUUUUUUGACUGUUGAAGGUGGUCUCCUGCGUGUUAAGGUAUAAAUUGGAUGAACUUGCGGAACUGAUCCAAGCUGAGCGGACAGAGAUCCCGGCCGCCACUGAUGAUGCCUGAGUUGAAGAAGAGCAGAGGGAUUCGUCGUCCUGGAAUUGGAACAGAACCGCUCUGUGCUCUGUCAGUGUCAUGAAUUAAUUAAGAGCUCCGCGUCUGAAAAUUAUUGCAGUAUAUAUAUCCUGGGCUGGGACGCAUGCAUACCAAGCGCGCCGGCCUGUUGUAGCAGCUUCGCUUUAUACUGUGCGUAGAAGUUGAUCUGUGUAGGAAUAUAAAAUAAUCCAGUGGCCACCAGGCGGACAGGAACAGCUUGUUGCUCCAUAACACCAUGAUUAUUAGCUA